UAAUCAGCGUGGUAAGUUUGCAGAACCUUACAGCCAGUCUCGGCCAGCGGUGAGCUCACUUCUUUCAGCUUUUCUGAGGUUGCAAAGUCCACCAUCAUCAUGUCUGACACAGAGGAAGUUGGUCAGGAGGAAUACGAUGAGGACAAGCCAAAGUUCAAGCCCAGCGCCCCCAAGAUCCCCCAAGAUGGAGAGAAAGUGGACUUUGAUGACAUCCAGAAGAAACGUCAGAACAAAGAUCUGGUGGAGCUGCAGGGUCUCAUCGACGCUCACUUUGAGCACAGGAAGAAGGAGGAGGAGGAGUUGAUCGCCCUGAAGGACAGGAUCGAGAAGCGUCGCGCUGAGCGGGCCGAGCAGCAAAGAGUCCGCUCUGAGAAGGACAAGGAGCGUCAGGCCAGACGAGAGGAGGAGAGGCGGAUAAGGGAGGAGAGUGACAUCAAGAAGAAGCAAGAUGACGACGCAAAGAAGAAGUCGGCUCUGUCCAGCAUGGGCUCAAACUACAGCAGCCACCUGCAGAAAGCAGACCAAAAGAGAGGAGGAAAAAAAGAGACUGAGAGAGAGAAGAAGAAGAAGAUCCUGGCCGCCAGACGCAAGCAGCUCAACAUCGACCACCUGAACGAAGACAAGCUGAAGGAUAAGAUCACUGAGCUGCAUGAAUGGAUGACUGAGCUGGAGUCCGAGAAGUUCGACCACAUGGAAAGACUGAAGAGGCAGAAAUACGAGGUUACAACCCUGCGUAAGAGAGUGGAGGAGCUCAGUAAAUUCAGCAAGAAGGGAGCCGCCCGCCGCAGGAAGUAGAUCGCCCCAGAAAGCAACCCUGCAACCGGACGCGAGUCUGACCCUAAACCCUAAAAAAAAGAAAAGUCUUGAAAAGUCUUGUUUCGCCGUCUCGCUCCUUAGCUGUUGGUUCUCAGAAGUUUUGUAAAUAAAGUGUGACACUUAAAGCCAUGUCUGUAGAGCUGCUGUCAUUCUCAAGUGAAUAAAGUCCAGUGUCAUUUGUUUAACACUGAACAGUUGAAUCCAACUUGUUUGAUAGUUUAAUCGGCAGGAAGUACGGAGGCUAAAAGACACUUUGUGUCUUCAGCCAAACGCUCUUGACGAUAAAAGUAGAGAGAAUUUCUGAGGCCUUUUUUUUCGUUUUCAGUAUUAAAAUGUACAAAAAAAUAAUAAACAGCACAGAGACAGAUGAA